UUCUCCUUUUCUUCCCCCCAAGAGUGGAUCAGGCCAUCUACAGCUGCCCCCCUCGGGGAGAGCUCCCCCGGGCCCCAGAUGCCCUCCAGUGCAGAAGUUGUGGGCACCUUUGCUGCUGCCCCCGCCCCUGCCCCGGCCUCCAGACCUUUCCAGCUCAAGCCCAAAUCUGCUGAAGUGGUGCCCAUUGAAGAAUUCCAAGACUGUGAGUGUUACGGCCACUCCAACCGCUGCAGCUACAUCGACUUCCUGAACGUGGUGACGUGUGUCAGCUGCAAACACAACACGCGAGGCCAGCACUGCCAGCACUGCCGUCUGGGCUAUUAUCGCAACGGCUCUGCCGAGCUGGACGACGAGAACGUGUGCAUCGAGUGUAACUGCAACCAGAUCGGCUCCGUGCACGACCGGUGCAACGAGACCGGCUUCUGCGAGUGCCGCGAGGGCGCAGCGGGACCCAAGUGCGACGACUGCCUCCCGACGCACUACUGGCGCCAGGGCUGCUACCCCAACGUGUGUGACGAUGACCAGCUGCUCUGCCAGAACGGCGGCACCUGCCUGCAGAACCAGCGCUGCGCCUGCCCGCGCGGCUACACCGGCGUGCGCUGCGAGCAGCCCCGCUGCGACCCCGCCGCGGAGGACGGCGGCCUGGACUGCGACCGCGCGCCCGGGACCGCCCCGCGCCCCGCCACCCUGCUCGGCUGCCUGCUGCUGCUGGGGCUGGCCGCCCGCCUGGGCUGCUGAGCCCGGCCCGGAGGGGACCCUGCGCCCGGGGGGCGGCCCUGGGGGCUCGAGGGCCCGGGGGCCGGCGCCCGAGGCCGGGCGGCGAGAAGGGUGCGGCCCGAGCUGCUCCCAGGUGCUACACAGCAGAGCCCUCCCGCCUCCUCCCGCCGCGGUCAGUGGCACCUGCCCCCGCCCCGGCACUGCCCUCCGCCGCCGCAGGGGGCGCUGUGGGGGCUCUGGCCCCAGCCGCCUGCGAUUUGGGUCUUAGGUUUUCUUUUGUAUCACCCGCCGCCCCCCACCCCUUUUUUUUUUUUUUUU